GUACGUUUAUGUUACUUUAAAAUAUUAUCUAUUUCGAUUUUAUUACCUUUUGGUUCAAAAUUCUAUUACGAAAAAAUUAAUUGGUGCGGCAACACUGGCUUUCUUAGGAGUUUUUCAGCAUUCGAAUUGGAACUCAAGAAUCUCAAGAUUUUAUAUUUUUACUUAUGACGAGCUUGUUUGGUCAGUUAAUAAUGGAUUCAGAAAAAGAAAAACAGAAUACCAGUACCAAGUAUAUUUGCACAAUAUGUACAAAAACUUUCACCACAAAAUCGAACAUUAAUGAGCAUAUGAAAAGAAUUCAUAAACAAUUCAAAAAAAAUACAAAAUUAUCAUUAAAAUGUCCUUUGUGCACAAUGCUGCUUGAGAACUACAGUGAAUUGGAUAAGCAUUUGACAUCUAUUCAUAAUGAAUUUCUUAAAAAAGAAGAAUACUCAUUUGAAACCAUUGAAAAAUUUAAUGCAUGGAAAUUGGAAAUAGAAAAAUUAUGUUUUUUUAAAUUAAUGAAUUCCCGAAAGGUGAAAGAUAGGAAAAUUGUAAAAUAUAUUUGCCAUCGGUCAGGGACAUACACACCCAGGGUACAAACCAGAAAAAAAGCUUUAAAAGUAAAAGGCAGCAAUAAAAUUGGGAGCAAUUGUCCUGCUAGAUUGGUGGUAACCAUAAGCCAUAAGGACAGAGUCAAAGUUGAUUAUUUCUCAACUCAUAUCGGACAUGAUUUAGAAGUAGGCAGAGUUAAUCUUACUUACAAUGAACGGCAAAAUAUAGCAGUAAAACUUCUACAGGGUAUUCCUAGUCAAAGGAUUAUACAAGAUAUAGCAGAUGAAUUUAGUAGUAACAACAGAUUAAGUUACACUACAGUUCACGAUAUACAUAAUAUUAAGAGAUCCUUUAACAUACAAUCAAAUGUUAUAUUCCAUGAAGAGGAUACCAACAGCAAUGCAAGUGAUUUGGAACAUAUAACUGGUCAUCUUCAGGGUCUAGCAGAAGUAAAAAAUUUAGAAUUGGCAACAGAAACUGUACUUCAGGAACUUGAUAAUCUUAAAAAGUUAGUAGUUUUAAAUGGUAUGAGUUCUGAAGUAAUCUCAUACGUCAGGAAAAAUGUUUCUACAGUAUCAAGAGGCAUUCAUGCUAUAAUUAACUCAUCGAAUACAGUAUAUACACCAUUUAAAUUAAUUGCUUCAUGCUCUGAUCCACACAAUAAAAAAAUUGAGCAUCAAAACUGUAGACUUCCUUCCUUACAUAAACUAAAACAGAAAACAAAAGCCAAAGAAAUUCCCAAAGAAACUGAAUAAUUCCUAAAUUACCAAACCCAUGUAGCAAAAUUGACCUUUAAUAACUAGGCUAGAAAUUCAUAUCUAAUGACAAUGACAUAAGCCUGUUCCAACAAUCAUCACUGAUUGCUGAUCGCCAUACAGUUGGGUCUGAUCACUGGGUACUGACUAUUCUGCUUGGAAUAGAGCUUAAGGGCCGAUUCCCGAUUCCACGAAGUUUAAGUUACUAAACGAAGAUUAAAAUUACAUAUUAACAUUGUCAUUUUAAUCUUCAUUUAGUAAUUUAAACUUCGUUUAACACAACGGUGGAAUCGACCCUAAGACAGGUUUAAGAAUAGGGUAGAAAUAUGUUAAAAUUUAAAGCAAGUUAAAAUUAUAAAAAGUUUUUAUAGUGAUCGUAUCAGUAGGGCGCAUCCAGAGUCUGGGGUGAUAAUAAUGUUAAGUCUGGGGGGGUAAUGGUAAGAUUUAAGACUUUUUUUUUUAUAAUAAAACAUUUUAGUAAAAAGUUAGGUUUAAAAAUUCAUGGGGGGUAUUUACCCCCAUUACCCUCCUACGUAUAUGCGCCCAUUGCCCCUGGAUCUUAUUGAAAUUUGGACAUUUAUUUUUUACAUAUUUUCGUUGGUUCCCAGGAAAUUAGUCUCAAAAAAUAGUUUCAUAUCAAUUUGGUAUAAACUAUAAAUACAUUUCAUUUAAAAACCAAUUGGUCUAUAUUACAUUUGAUCUUAAACCUCUCUAUCUAAAGUGCAUCAGACCUAAAAGAGAAUUGGUCAAAUUACAUUUAUUUGUUAUAAAAAUAAUUACUCUAAAAUCUAGAAUUGAAAAGUAUUUGUAUAAUUUAAUUAGUGUCAAAAAAAUGCAAACUUGAUUAAUUUAAUAUAACAUAAAAUUGGAGUUAGUGAAAUAAGUUCAAAUUUUCAAAAAAAAAUUAGUUCGUCGAUAAUUGCUGCGUUUGAGAAUCCACAUCGGAUGCAUCUGAGAUGUAAAAAAUCUUUGAUCACGUGAUUAAGUAUACGUAAAUGUAAUGGGACAGAUGUGGAUAAAAAAACGCUCGAGAUGUAAAAAAUGCAUCCGAUGGAGGAUUCUCAAACGCAGCAAAUAAACAAACUGAAAUAUUUUUGUAUGAUUUUCCCUAAUCUACCGUUUCAUCUAGUUAAUGACGAUCUGUUAAUUUGAAAAUUGAUUAAAAUUGUUAGAGGUAAAACUCACUUUAAGAUUUCUUUUUCUGGUUUACUUGCAUGCUUACCUAAUUAAAUUAUUAUUAUUCUACCUUAGAGUCUAGAAGCACUGUAUUCUACAUAUUCUUUGUAAAUCUCAUUUAUCAGAAACUGUACAUUAAGAUUUCUUUUUUUGGUUUACUUGCAUACUUACCUAAUUAAUCUACCUUCCAGUCUAGAAGCACUGUAAUCUAGAUAUUCUUUUUAUUUUAUAAAUAAAACAAAAUUUAA